CAUGUGAGGUGUACGUGUUGUUGCUCUCUCCUCCCUUUCUAUUUCUUCCCCUCUUGGAUUUAAAAGACAAAUUAAUUGGAGAGAAAAACCAACACAAAACAAAAAAAAAAAAAAAAACACACAAAAAGGGAAUUAAGUUUUUGAUACAUAGAGAGAAAGAGAGAGAGAGAGAGGGGGAGUUUAGAGAGUACUGUUUUGGUGUAUUUAAGAGAGUAUACAUACGAAGUUAAUUAAGAUGGUGAGAGCUCCAUGCUGUGAGAAGAUGGGGGUGAAGAAGGGGCCAUGGACUCCCGAAGAAGAUCGAAUACUCGUAGAUUACAUACAAAGAUAUGGCCAUGGGAAUUGGCGCGCACUACCGAAACAAGCAGGUCUAUUGAGGUGCGGGAAGAGUUGCAGGCUCAGAUGGGCCAACUAUUUGCGACCGGAUAUAAAGCGAGGGAACUUCACGAAGGAGGAAGAGGAGAUGAUCUUCAAAUUGCAUGAGUUGCUUGGGAAUAGAUGGUCGGCGAUUGCUGCGAGGCUACCGGGUCGGACAGACAACGAGAUCAAGAACGUGUGGCACACAUACCUAAAGAAGCGCCUCAUGCCGAAUCAAACGGUGAAAGAGUCCAAGAAAAGGGCCAUUCACACUAGCGAGCCCAAGACCGAGUCCAAACCGAUCAUCCCCCGAUCCGACUCGGGCUUGGCCACAUCACCCGAGUAUUCGAUGAGUGGCUUCUCGUCCUCAGUUGCCGACGGUAAUUCAGCUGCCACAGUUGAAGAGAGCUUCUCUUCGGAAGAGUUCACAGAAAUUAUCGAUGAGCGCUUUUGGUCGGAAACACUUUCGAUGGAUGAUUGUUUUGCGACCACCAUGCAAUAUGGAGCUUCCGAAACCCCUUCGGGUGAUCAAAUCAACGAACCAUCGUUGAGUCCGCUCUCGUCGAAUAGUGAAGGGAUGGAGUUUUGGUGGAGGGUCUUUAUGGAAGCUGGAGAGAUGAAGGAUUUGGCACUAAUCUAAUUAACUAAGCACAGGGAAAUGAAAAUUAACAUCACCAAUUAAUUAAUUUUCUGGAUAUACUCUUUUUUUUUUUUUGAAUAGUUCAUAUGUACACUGACCAAUGAGAAGUACUGGUGGAUUCAGAGUUUGAAAAAGUAACCUUGAAGGAUAACAGUGGGUUAAGAAAAAAUUGGAAUAGAGCUUUUUUGCUC